AUGUCAACUUUUAAAAAACCUCUGGGAUUCCCAAUGAUACCCAGGUAUACCGGAAAUUCAGAUGAUGAAAAUUCAAUUAAUAUAAGAAGAAUAGUUGGUAAAUCAAAUCCACUACGAUCACCAGAUCAUUUUACUAAUUAUCAAAACAACGGGAUAUCACAAAAUCGUACAACACUACAUUCACCAUAUAAAGAUCUUAAUUUUCGAAAUAAAUCAGAUAUAGAAAAUGAAAUAUCAAUGACUAUAAAUAAUAUAGAUAAUAAUGAUUUGGAGAAAGAAAUUGAUGAAAUAGAUUUAAAUAAAUCUUACUUGAAAUAUUUAAAUUCAAAUUUUGAUUAUAGUAAUACUGACAAUUAUGUGGAAGAAUAUGAUAAAGAUUAUAUAUUUAGUGAUGGAGAUGAAACAUUCAAUGGUGAGUUCAGUGAAGAUGAAGAAUUUGACGAUGAUGAAGAUCAUGAGGGACACAAUUUUGGAAAAGAGCCAAAAUUUUAUGAUCAAGAAGAUGGUGAAGAAUUGGAAACUCCUACUGUUUUUGAACAAAUUAAUAACGCAAAACAGGAGUCUUUAAGGCCAACAAAUACAUCAAAAAGCAAUUAUGAAUUUACAAAAUCACUUUUACUAAGAUUUAAUUUAAUUUUUAUCAUUACAUUUCUGUUAACAAUUACUUUCUUUUUUAUUAAAGAUGGGUCACAACUUUUCAACUUCAACUUAUUGGAGAAAAGGAAAAUAUCAACUAGACUCAAUUAUCUCGAAGAUUUAUUAAAUAAUCAAAAUUUUGAAAUUGAAUCAAAAUUUUCAAAAUUAGAGACAAGUAUAGAGAAAAUAAAAUCUGGAUCAAAUUCAGCUGAAUUAAUUCCAGUUAGUCUAAAACAUGGUCAAUUACAAGUAUCUCCAGAAUUUCAUCAAUAUUUAUAUCAGUUUAUGGAGAAUUACCAGAAGUCAAAUGAACAGAUUGAAUCACCAAUAAAUCCUAAUUUAGAUAGUAUAAAUGAUCUAAUUACAAAAUCAGUUGAAUCGGUAAAAUCAGAAAUUGAAUCAAAGUUAGAAUCUAAACUCAGUGAUUUAAAUUUAUUCAAUGAUACUAUUUCAACUAAAAAUCCUAUAAUAUUAAAUACAAUAAUUGAAUCCAUUUUGCAAAAUUCAAAUUAUAUAAACUAUGCAGAUUUUAAUAAUGGAGCAAGAAUUUUAGGAUUUUUAACAUCGACGAAAAAUAAAUCUGAUAUAGUCAAGAAAAUGUUUUUAGGUUGGUUAGAUUUAUUCAGUUCAAAUGUAAAUCAAGAAGAUAAUGCAAAUCAUGUUAUAAUAGAUGAUGACAUUACAUGGAAAGGUGGUGAUGAAAUUGGGAUCAGACUCAGUAAAUCUAUUAUACCUACAGAUAUAGUAAUAGAACUAAAAUCUAGUGAUAAUUCAAAAUUGAAUUGUGAGUUUGGAUUUAAACCAAAAACCAAGACAGAUUUUGAUAACUUGAAAUAUCCAAUUAUAAAUUCAACAAAUAUAAAUACAUCAAAGUUUAAAUUCAUAAAAGAAUCAACUUUGAAACCAGGAAUAAAUCAUAUAAAAUUACCACUAAGAUUUUUAAAUUAUCAGAUAUUUGGUAAGGAUUUAUAUUUCAAAUUUUCAACAAAUGUAAAUCUAAAAAAUAUAAAAAUCUAUGGUGUAAAUGAAUUAAAUAUAGAUAAAUUGGAUUUAAACAUAAAGAAAUUGAUCAACGAUGAUGAUGAUACUAGAGAAGAGGAAAUGAAGGAUGUAAAUGUAAAGCAAGAAUUGCCUAUUCAUGAUUUAAAUGAUGAUAUUUAUUUGUAA